AUGUCAUAGUAGAAAAAAUAAUUUUUUGACUUAGAAGAUUUUGUUAGCUCUUCUUUAUCACCUCUGAAAGAAAUAGAGUUACAUAUUCAAUAAUAAUUUGGUCCAUAAGAUGAAUCAAAGUUAUUAUAAGCCUUAUUAAAUUGCACGAAUGUCUAGGCUUUAAAAUUAAGAUUAUCAUAUAUCAAUAUUGACAGAUAAGGGAUAUCAAACUUAUGCAGUACUUUAGCAAUGUUGUCUAAUCUCCAAAAAUUAAAUUUAAAUUUAUAUGGAAACUAAAUUAAUGUGUAGAGUGCAUCUAUUUUAGGCUCUAAUUUAUCAGAAAUCAAGAACCUUUCGACGCUAUAGCUUCAUCUUGGAAACACUCAAAUUAAAAAUGAAGGUGCAGAAAUUUUAGUUUCAAAAUUAGCUGAGUGCAGUAGUCUCUCUAAUUUGACAAUCAACCUUUAUGAUAGCUAAUUAAGUUCUUAUGGAAUGUAAGGCUUGGGAGCAGCUUUAGCUAAACAUUAAAAUCUCUUAGCUUUAACCUUAGAGCUUGAUUAUAAUGAAUUAAGUGGUGACGAAGGUUUAACUGGAUUGGAUUUUUCUCUAGUCCCUAAACUCAUAGAUUUAUCUAUUGCAAUUAAUGAUUGCAAGGUAAACUCAAAAGCUGCAUCAAAUUUGGGUUAAUCUUUAUCAAAAUGCUAUAAUCUUUCUAAGUUAUACCUCGAUAUGUCUAUAAAUCUAAUUGGUUCUAGUGGUGCAAUAGCUUUAUGCUCAGCUUUAGCAGGCUGCUCGAAUAUGCAAAAUCUGUUUCUUAGAUUAUCAGACAACUAGAUAAAUGAUGAGGGCGCAUUAGGUUUAGGCUUAGCUUUAUCUUCUUGCAUAAACCUGACUAAUUUAGAUCUAAGCCUUCACAAAAAUUAAAUAUCUGCUACAGGAGCUUCAGCUUUAGGUUCUUUAAUUGCUAAUUGCUCAAGUAUAACUGAUUUGGAAUUUGAUCUUAGCGAUAAUUAAAUUGGAUCAUCAGGAGCAUAAGGUUUAGUUUCUGCUUUAGUAAAAUACAAUAAACUUUAACAUUUAACACUUAGGAUUCUUCGUUGUAAUAUAUGCAAUCAAGGCCUAGGUCUUACUCUUGCAAGUUUGAUUAAUGUUUAAAAAUUAGAGUUACAUUUGAGUAACAAUUAAAUUGGAAGUUAAGGAAUUCUAGAUUUAAUUUCUAGUUUAGAAAAAUGUGCUAACCUCAAAGGAUUUAAUCUUUACCUGAAGACUAGUCAAAUUGAGUUAAAAGUAGCUUAAUUAUUAUCUACUACUUUAGCAAAUAUCAAAAAACUCUAAACUUUGACUCUUUCAAUAAAAUCUAAUUACGAAGGUUUUUAAAGCUUAUGUAUCGGUUUGAAAAAUUGUAGCAAUUUCUUAUAUUUCUAUCUUUACUUUAACGAUAGUGAUAUACAAAAAGAUUAAGAAUUAAAAAUAAGAAAUUCGAUAAAUAAAAUAAAGAAAUUAGUGGAAAAAUAAGUUUAUUGA